AUGAGCGAGACGGUUGUGUGCACCAGCCGGGCCACGGUGAUGCUCUACGAUGACAGCAGCAAGCGCUGGCUGCCCGCCGGCACGGGCCUGCAGGCCUUCAGCCGCGUCCAGAUCUAUCACAACCCCACCGCCAACUCCUUCCGGGUGGUCGGCCGCAAGAUGCUGCUGGACCAGCAGGUGGUCAUCAACUGUGCCAUCGUCCGGGGUGUCAAGUAUAACCAGGCCACCCCCAGCUUCCACCAGUGGUGUGACACCCGGCAGGUCUGGGGCCUCAACUUUGGCAGCAAGGAGGAUGCCACGCAGUUUGUCAACGGCAUGGCCAGUGCCCUAGAGGCCUUGGAAGGAGGUGGGCCCCCGCCCCCACCACCACCUACAGCGCCUCCCACCUGGUCUGCCCAGAAUGGCCCCUCCCCAGAGGAGAUGGAGCAGCAGAAAAGGCAGCAGCAGUCAGAGCUCAUGGAGCGCGAGCGCAGAGCCUCCAACGCAGGAGGACCGCCUGCUCCCCCAGCUAGGGGACCACCAUCACCCCGACCUCCCCCUCCUCCGGGUCCACCUCCACCCCCUGGGCUCUCCUCCUCAGGGGUCUCGGCCGUCCCACAGGGAAAAGGGGGAGGCCCACCCCCGGCACCCCCUCUCCCCACAGCACAAGGGCCCAGUGGUGGAGGGACUAGGGCCCCCAGCCUGGCCUCAGCCAUUGCCGGCGCCAAACUCAGGAAAGUUAGCAAGCAGGAGGAGGCUUCAGCGGGGCCCGUGGCCCCCAAAGCUGAGAGCAGUCGAAGCACAGGCGGGGGCCUCAUGGAAGAGAUGAACGCCAUGCUGGCCCGGAGAAGGAAAGCCACGCAAGUUGGGGAGAAACCCGCCAAGGAUGAAUCUGCCAAUCAGGAGGAGUCAGACGCCAGAAUCCCAGCCCACAGUGAAUCUGUGCGGAGACCCUGGGAGAAGAACAGCACAACCUUGUCAAGGAUGAAGUCGUCUUCUUCAGCGACCACUUCCGAGGCCCACCCUGCUACGCCUAGCUCCAGUGACGAGUCAGACCUGGAGAGAGUGAAACAGGAGCUUCUGGAAGAGGUGAGGAAGGAAUUGCAGAAAGUGAAAGAGGAAAUAAUUGAAGCCUUUGUCCAGGAGCUGAGGAAGCGGGGUGCCCCCUGACCACAGGGCCCCAGAAAAUCCAGUUUCUCCUUUCUGCACACCCCCUCCGCCUGUCACCCUGCUUUCCCUGCCUCGACUUGACUUGGAAUUGGCUGAAGACUACACAUGAAUGCAUCUUCCCCACUCCCUGUGUCACUUGGAAAAUUCCAAG